GUAGUCGACAAAAGUUCUUUGGAAUCACCAAAAAAGCGUCCCCGACUCGAACAUAAAGAGCCACUUAUCAUUUCCCCAAAUUCAGUAGAAGCAGAAAAGUCUCACGUACCGACAGGGACUGAUAAAAAAGCAAUUUAUUCAUCGAGAGAGAGAUUUUCGAAGGGAAAAGAUUCGCUCAACUUCGACCCCGGAUCUGGCGCUGGAUUCGAACAUGGACUUCCGCCCGACGAAACUCACGUCUUAUCAGAGAGAUUCACUUCAGAUUUGGAUGAUGAUUUUCUUCCAGAGCAAAACGGUGACUGCCACAGCGUUUUGCGCCGGGCAUCUUCCAGCAGUCCAAUAGCCGCCGACACCAACAACACUUCCCCAAGGUUUGAGGAGUCUGAUGCGGAGAGUGAUGGGGAAGAGAGCAGCUCUGUGAGUGACGAGGGAAGCUUAAGAUCCCUCGAUGGUGAUCUAGAUCUUGGCUUGGGUGAUUGUGACCUGGUACAACCAACGGUUGGUCCAAUGGGCUGGCUUCACCGGCAGAUGAUGUCAGGCGUCCAUCCACGUUCCAUCCUCUCAAAGCUCAUACCGAACAUGUCUGCAUCCCUGCCGCAGGAUCUAGAUGAGUUUGAGGUGUGGUCUAUCAUCGCUGAUUACUUCAACAUGCUGCGGGAGCCACCGCGGCGGAAAAAGCUGCAAGACGUGAACUCGUUUGAAGACGCCUUGAAUCUGUUGCGGAGCUCCAAGAGGAUCAUGGUGCUGACAGGGGCAGGGGUUUCUGUAUCGUGUGGCAUCCCUGACUUCAGAUCAAGAGAUGGUGUCUAUGCCAGACUUGCUGUGGACUUCCCAGACCUCCCAGAUCCACAGGCCAUUUUUGAUAUCAACUACUUUCGACGGAACCCCAAGCCUUUCUUUAAAUUUGCAAAGGAAAUCUACCCCGGUGAAUUCAGACCAUCCACAUGCCAUAAGUUCAUCGCUCUCCUUGAGCAACACGGCAAACUUCUACGCAACUUCUCUCAGAACAUUGACACCUUGGAACAGGUGGCUGGCAUUACCAAAGUCUUGCAGUGUCAUGGUUCCUUCGCAACUGCACACUGUACGAACUGCAACUACGAGGUGGAUGCGGACGCCAUCCGACAAGAUAUCUUCAACCAAGUGGUACCCCACUGCCCUCACUGUCCCAGGGACCCGGACGUCCUGGCCGUUAUGAAGCCCGAUAUCGUCUUCUUUGGUGAAGGGCUGCCUAAAGAUUUCUACCAUUGCUUAGAUGAGGAUAAGGAUAAGAUUGAUUUGCUUAUAGUCAUUGGAUCUUCGCUAAAGGUGCAGCCGGUAGCAACCAUUCCAAAUGCUGUACCAGGCAAUAUCCCUCAGAUUCUCAUAAACAGAGAGCCACUCCCCCACAUGAACUUUGACAUAGAGUUGCUAGGCGAUGGAGACGUCAUCGUCAACGAAAUCUGCCGCCGCCUCGGCGACGGCUGGGAUCAAAUCUGCGAUGGCAACCAGCUGGAGGAGACAUCCGAAAUGCCAGACGUGCCAACUCCUGCGGGUUCCGACUCGGUGGGGAGCGAUUUUGAAACCAUGGUUACGCCAAAGAGGCCUGAGGAAGGAUUUGAAGGUGCUGAUAGCACCAGUUGGGUCGGUCGGUCAUCGGACGGUUCGCUGCAGUCUUGUGACGACCACGCAGAGGCAACUCAUCAAGAUGACAACUCUAAGGGAGAAGGACAAGGAGACAUCAAGAAAUCAACGACGCCUGAAAGACUUUCCAAAUCGCCGCAUAUGUGUAGUUCCGCUGAAAGGGCCUCAUCAGCUGGCACUACUAUUAAAAUCAAUACUGAAACUAACACAGUCAAUUCAAAACCUGAACUUGAUGAAUCCUCAGUCAGUGAAGAUGACACCCAGCAAGAUCAGAAAUCCCACCCCAACCGCUGUCUUCAGAGUAGAGACACCAAGACCGUCAAAGAUAUUCGUGUAACGGAUAAAUCUCAGCAGCAAGACGGUGUCAUUUCAAGCACAGUGUGUGAGGACAGCAAGCCACAGGGUGCAAAGCCUAACUGCACAAAUGCCAAUCAGUUGAAGAACGACCAAAUCAGUCAGACAAAUGAAGCCCAGAGGCAACAAAAACGGGAAAAUCUAGAGGCUGAGAACAUUGAAAACACUAAAGAUGCUCAUACCGUAGCCAAUAGGAGAGGGGACAACGACAACAAUGAAGGCGCAACAGAGGAGGGCUCUCGAAGCUUGAGUAAGACGAGUGCUGACCACACAACUCAACCAAAGAGGAAACGAAAAAGCAGCAUUGCCUUAUACUUACAAUCAUCUUCCUAUCUGUUUGUUCCUCCAAACCGCUAUAUCUUCCACGGGGCUGAGGUAUACCCCCCUUCCAAGUCAGUCAGCCCCUGCAAUGACACCGAUGACAUCAAUGACAGACAUUCUGUCGACGACCAUGACAACAGUGACAUCGAGGACCACCUCCGUGACGUCAUCGGCCAUAGCGAGGUACCGUCAACCAGCAAUGCUCUGACUGGUGAUCGUCAGCACGGGGACCUGCCCCCAGCGAUGGAUAGCCCUGUAUUGCAUCUCGGAAAGGGAGGCUCGUGUGAACCACAAGGUGACCCAGUGUUCUCAGAUACCCACAAGGAACAAGAAAGAUCUGAACUGCACGCUGAAAAAACUCCACUCAGCGAGGCAGACGAGGGGGUAUAGGGUGAGUUCUUUGGGGGGUAGGUGGAAACUGGACGUUUGUAAAAACCAACAAGAAACACUUUUCGAAUGGGUAGGACAUUUUCAUUGGUGAAACUGGACAAACUGACCAAAAAAAAAGAGGGAUGUUCAGUUAACAAAAAUGUCUUUAAGAUAGACUAAAAUGAAAAUAUUCAGACAUAAAUUUCGACAUACAGUAUAUUUAUCAGACGAGUUUUCUAAAUCGAGGUAAAUGACUGCUAAGGGGAUGGUGUGCCAUUCUAUCAUUAAAUGCGGACAGGUUCUCACAACACCUGUCUUUAUGCUUUGUCUAAAAAGAACAAUGAAUUUGGAAAAAUUAUAUUAGCAGUAAUUGUUAAGAAAAUAAUUUAUGCCCUCCAAAACUCAUAUUCAAAGUUUUUGACUAAAGUGAUUGGCCUACAAAUUACCUCAUACAAUAGUCUGAAUGAGAAACAAGGGUGCUUAAAGGUCACCCAUUCUCUUUCCUUUUUCAACGCCAUUAUUUCAAAGGUAUUCUAGUUUUACUUGAGUUUUUAGUUAGAGUAUUUAAGAUUUAACCUGACUUUGUUUCUUGUGUGUAAUUGAAGAUUGGCAAAAAGGUGAUUGCUGAUGCUGAUUGAAACGAUAUCCAGAAAAAUGUUAUUUUUUAUAAACAUUUUCAAUACAUGUAAUUAUA